AUGAGUAGAAGACUAACUUUUGGGGAUUUGGAAGAAGAUCCAGAAAUCAUUUUUCAACAAUGUCAGGAUGUGAAAGGAAUCGCACCUGUAGGAAAGAAGUUCCUUUCACAAAGGCAGAAGAUGAUGGAGGCCGUGAAUGAUUACUCUUCGUUGGGUAGCUUGUCUGAUCUUGAGAUGUCUAAAGUAGAAUCGCUUUUAUCGCAAGAGUCUGUUACACCUCAUGUGGAACUGGAAAACAACAAUGUAGAAGAAACUAUAGAAAAAACGCAUCGAAGAACUUCACAAAGAAGAUCUGAUUAUUUCGAGGAAGAAAAAAGCCUGACUGGGGAGUACUUCAAUAUUUUCAAAGAUUUGCCACCUGUAUUCCGACUUCUCACUCAAGAUGAUAUUUCUAUUGAGCAUACUCAUAGUAUAUCUGAGAAAGAGAAAACAGGGCCUUCAACGCCAAUCAGUAGCCCAAUUGUUUCUGAGCUUUCCAUAAUGAAAGAAGAGAGUUCAUACUCAGAUAAUAAAACUUUUCAAAUAGAAGAGGAAAGAAAUUUUGAUUCUUAUAAUGAAUUUUUUAAUAUUCCCGAGAAGAAGGUGAGGUUCAGUGAGGAUGUUAUUCAGUUCACAAUAUCUCCUACUGAAACAAUUUUGUCGAGCGAGGAAGGCAGUUUGAAAGAAGAUAUCGGCUCAGCAAUGAGUGCAAUAGUCAAAGACUCUGUAGUUAAAGAAGAGAGUUUUUCUGUUAAAUCUACCAAGAGAAAAGCACCAUUUGCUAUAAUCGAACCGAGAGAGAUAUGCACUGGGAUUACUGAUGAAAAUGAAAAACCCUGGAACUAUGAUCGUCCUGAAAGGAACAGGGUAUUACCCAUUCGACCAUGGCUCAGUGAAAGAACUGUAUAUGAAACUGAUUCAAAAGGUUUACAAACUCUUGUCGCAGUAACAAAACCGGUGCUUGAGCAUAAAAUAGUUGCCAAGAUAAUCAGCCGUAAUUUGGGAUAUAAUCAUUAA